CCGGUCGUGUCAUCCUGCUCCCCUCUCUCCCUGAUCCUCAAUCACAUCUCCCCAGCAACGAACGCAACAGCCCGCUCCGCUCCCUGACGCCCCGCAAUGUCGAGUGAUCCCGAGGCGGGCCAGCAUCACGACCAACUGCCAGAGACCGAGCCAGAGCCGAGUCCGAUCACCACGACAGCAUUGUCGCCUUCUCUGGACGCCCUGCUCUCGCCCACAGAGGCUGGCGCACACUUCCCUAUGCGCGAGUCCGUCGCUGCCUCCGACGCGACCGACGACGAUGCACGUUUCUCGACCGUUGCGCUCACCAGCACCCGCGAUAGCUUCAGCUCAAUGCGGCUGUCAGUCGGCUCCGAUGAGUUCGAUGGCGACUCGAUAGAGGACAGAAGGAAGACGAUUGCCGUGGGCUCUCUGGACCUGAACGCUGCUGCAGGUCUCGUGGGACAGCAAGAGGUGCGGACGCACAAGAAGACUGCUUCCACUUCGACCAUCCUGUCUGGACGGUCCAUUUCGCUCAUGAUCGCCGACAGCGAUGAGGGUUCCAGGAGAAGCAGCAUUGAAGGACAACACAUCAUACAGGAAAAGUUUGCUCGCAAGCACGACGACUUGGAGGAAGAAGAGAACUCCGUAGAUUGGGGUGCGUGGUACUUCCGAGCGGGAAUCAUCGACCCGGAGCUCGAGAGCACGUAUUUGCGGCUGCUUAAGGAGAUAAGCCCUCACGAGAAGGCCAUCACACGAGAUCUUGGAAGAACAUUCCCUCAGCAUGCAUUCUUCACGGAUGGUCGCGGCAUCGGCCAGGAAAACCUGUUCAACGUACUCAAAGCCUACUCUCUGUACGAUCCGCAAGUUGGAUUCUGCCAGGGAUUGCCCUUUGUCGCUGCAAUAUUGCUGUUGUAUAUGCCGGAUGAAGAAGCGUUCUGCCUGCUGGUCAGGCUCAUGUACUCGUACGAUCUCCGAGGACACUUCCUCCCUGACAUGCCCAAGCUGCAACUGAGAAUAUUUGAGCGCCUUGUCGAAGAACACGCCCCCGUGUUGCACGUCCACUUCCUGCGGGAACGGAUCAAGUCGAGCAUGUACUGCUCGCAGUGGUUCAUGACCAUGUUCAGCACUCGUUUGCCAAUGGACGUGGUUUUCCGAAUAUACGACAACUGUCUGGCGAGUGGUAUCGAGGCACUGUUUUCAUUCGGCCUCGCACUGCUGCUGAAAAACGAGACGACCCUGCUCUCGCUCACUUUCGAUCAGCUCGUCACGUUCCUUAAUAACCAGAUUUUCGAUGUUUACCAAGUCGUAUCCUCGUCAUCAACAGAAGGCGGAAGCGAUGGAGAAGAAGAGAAGAAGGACGUCAAGUAUGAUACCGAUCAAUUCGUGGUGGACGCACUUUCCUUGAAGAUCACGUCGUUCAUGCUCGAUUCGUACGCUCACGAGUAUGAAGAGCUCGUCCGGACAAAGAACGCACAUGCAAUUGAGAUGGAUGCUCUCCGGAACAGCAAUCGUAAUCUUUCCGUUCAAGUAAAAACCCUGGAGUCAAGUCUCGCGCAGCUCAACACCGAGCAUUGCGAACUUCUCACCGAACUGGUCAGGGCACGCCUUAGGCACGAGGAGCUGGAGUCCGAGCUUGUCAGGUAUAAGCUGCUAUAUGCGGAGGCGAUGCACAAAAGUGAAGACGCGAUGUCGUCGCACCGGAUUUCUCUUGCGGCCAGCAAGAGAGGAAGUGGGAGCACUGGCUGAUGGUUACGAGGAUCCUUUCGUGCAGUCACAUCUGAAGCAUUUUUUCUAUCAUUCAUCAGGCAUUCGACAUGUGUACAUUAUCAUCAUUCCCUUAGUCAGGGAACGAAUCCAUCUAACUAGGUCAGCUG